AUGACGACACCACCGAGCCACUGCCGGGAUCCACAUGACGGUGCAGAAUAUCAGAUGGACUGUAGAUACCGCCUGGUUCUCCUGAGCCACUGUGAUUCGUCGCGCACGCCAGUCACCGACUGCCAGCGCAGGGACCCUCCUCGGCCCAGCCCCCACCCUGCCACGACGUCAUCCAACAUCCUUUUCCAGCUCUUCUCCCCCCUGGCUUUUCUCUUUUCGCACCGGGCCAACCACAUCCUUCGUCACGAUUCAGUUCCUCGCACUCUGACCCCUCGCUGGCUGCUUGCAUCUCCAAGGCUCCAAGGCUCCAUCGUCUCCUUCGGUCGUGAUCGUCAACACGCUAAUCUUCUUCAGGCUCCGAACAAGGCUGCCAAUCUUCCGCUCGGAUGCUUCAUCGAAAUAAGGCCUGGGACUGUCAACUUGCAUCUCAGUAUUCUGUGCUUCGUACGGAUAUCCUUACAGGAUCCUCCUAGGUUCUGUUUCGGUUCGGAUGAAAAGCACAUGGCUGCGGCUUCUUCGUCUGGUGCUUCGGCCAAGCGUUUGCUGAACUCCCACCCAUCCGAUGAAAACCUCACAUGCGGCAUGCCAAAGCGGAUGGCUGGACCCGAACAAUUGCUCACCCUUUUACUGAAAACACUAAUACCUAUUCUGUUGUCAACACCAUGGGACGAGAUGCUGGACGUUGUUUCUCGAGUUGAGUGGCUCGUCUUCUCCGACUGCUAG